AUGGCUGCUGAUACAGCAAUAGCUGAAUUAUGUCCAUUAGUUUUUCAUCCAAAACAUAUUCCAAUUAAAAUCGACAAUCGAACGAAGACUCAAAAAGCACUUUCUGUGUGGUUCAUUCUUGCAACUGUUGGCUUUGAAAGAUUAGCGUUUUACUCGUUAGCUGGUAAUCUUGUACUUUUUCUUACAUCGGAAUCCAUUCGUUGGACAUCAUUUAACAGCAUUAAUGCUUCACUAAUUUUUUACGGUACAAGUUAUAUAUCAGCAAUUGCUUUCUCUUGGAUAAGUGACGCUAAAUUAGGUCGUGCAAAAACUAUUAUAAUUGGUUUCUGUUUGUAUCUUGUUGGCUAUUUAUUUAUUCCAUUGUUUUCAAAAGUGGAAAUUUUUGAAAAGGUAUGCGGUACUCUACCGACUUAUAUGGAAGAAUCAACUUCAUAUUCCGAAGAAACAUGUAGUAGUCUAAUUACAGCGGCACUUGUUAUCAGCGCAAUAGGUGUAGGGGCAGUUCAAGCAAAUAUGGCUAUUUUUGGUGCUGAACAAAUUCAAGGAGAAAAAUCUACUACACGAUAUUUUUAUAAAUAUUAUAUUGCUGUGAAUACAGGCUGUUUUCUCGCGUUUGGCAUUAUUGCUUAUGUACAGCAAAAUAAGUCCUAUUUUAUAGGUUACACAAUUUCAACUAUAUUGCUUGCUGUAACUUUUGUAAUCUUUGUUGCUGGCUAUAGAUGUUACAUUCAUAUAAAGCCAUAUGAUUCUGUAAUUACCAAUUGCUUUCCUAUUUUGAUCAAUGCAUUUCAAACAAAAUGGAAACAUCAGCGCUGUGCACGUGAAAAAUUUAAUCAACGAAAAGCAGCUAAACCAUCAACAUAUUCGAGUGACGACGAGAAUGAAAAUCAUGAUUACUUGAUGUCUGAUACCAAUGAACAGCAAAUAUCAUUUUUUGAUUAUGCUAAAGCAGAUCAUAACGGUCGAUAUCCAGAUCGUAUCGUGGAUGAUGUUAAAUCACUUCGACCUAUCAUUGCAAUGUUUUUACUUUUAAUUCCAUAUUGGCUUAUAUACGUACAGAGUGAUACAACAUUUAUUUUACAAGGUGUUCAUAUGAAAAUACCAGCAUUCCAAUCAAAUAUAAAUCGUAUGCCUAUUGUUUGGCUUUCACUGACUGAUCAAGUAAUAAUUAUUCUGGUCAUCUUCAUUUUAAAUACAUGUAUAUACGAACGUCUUCAUCUUAACAAUCGACUUUUUUCAAUUAAAGCGCGUAUGGUCAUAGGCCUAAUCGCAGCUACAGUUUCAAUGUGUAUAACUGGUACAGUUGAGAUAUUUCGUCAGAGACGAUGUGAUUCAUCUUUUCAACAAACUAUUGGUGAUACGACUUAUAAUGUUGCUGAUAUGUCAAUAUUCUAUCAAUUUCCACAAUAUAUUAGUAUAGGUCUCUCUGAAGUAUUUACUUCAGUAGCUAGUCUUGAAUUUGCGUAUUUGGCUGCACCUCAAUCAGCGCAAUCACUUGUUAUGAGUCUUCGGUUUUGUUCAGCUGGUAUUUCAUCGUUUUUGGGCUCUGGAUAUAUUAAAAUCUAUGAAAAUAUUUAUGAAAAUUUUACCGUGACAAAUCUAGAGUGUGCUGACAGUCAAAAUUCUGAAUUAUUCUAUGUUUAUUUUUUUGUUCUUGCUGGUAUUCAAGUAGUAUUUAUUUUUAUUUUCCUCGCAUGUGAUCAUCGAUUUCAAUUACUCCACAAUGCUUCACAAAAUCGGUUUAAUACACAUCUAUUUAUUAGAACACAAUCUAGACCGUCAAGAGCUUGA